AUGGCGGCCGAGAAAUGCAUGUCAGAUGAAUGCAUUCGCAACUUGCAGUUUCUAGAUCAGAUCAUGCAUUUCGGAAUCGAUCCAUGCAUGACUUUCCACUCCUACGCAUGUGGGCGCUUUAUGUCUCCUACAAAGUACAUGCUCGAGAAGAUGAACCACAAUCUGGCGACGCGAGCGUACGAGCAGGCCCUGGGGGAAAAGGUGCAAGCUUACCCGCAGACGUUGAACGCUGAGCAGAAGGCGUUCAAGCUGUUUCACAUGUGCCUCGACCUCCACAAUGCCAAGCGCAAGCAGCCGGAGGCCCUGGUCAAGGUACUGGACGAACUCAAGCUGAACCCUGCCUCGAUUGCAGACGAGGUCAGUGAGGACCCCCUGGACCGCAUGAUGGAGACUUCAUUCACUUACGGAGUGCAUGGGAUAAUCGAGUUCGUCGUAGACAGCGUUGUCAUCGUCAAGAAGAAGCGACUUCUGAAGGUAGAACAUUUAUAGUGACGGCACUGAUAACUGCUAGUUGCUCACGAAGUCAUAAUGUAGGUAUUGUCGCGAAUGAGAGCACCACUUCAGCGGUUAGUACUAUAAGGCAGCAACAAAGCGGGGGUAAAGUGGCACGCAUAAUUCGUACACUAUAGAAUGGCAUAUGCAUAGUUUAUCAGAUCAUCCUGGCGCUUGUGCCGUAUUUGUUUAGAAUAGCGUCAUAGUGAAUCGCCGAUUGAGCAUGUAGUUAUGUGGCGCGGUUUUGUUCUGUGACAAGCU